AUGGACAUCUCUCUUGUGCUGUUGUUUUCGGUUAUUUUUACUGCACAUACUUUGGAAGCCGUCCAACUUUUACCAACCUGUCAACCGAGCGACUUCCACUAUGAAUAUACUGAAUGUGACAGCGACGGUGGAAGAUGGCGUGUUUCUGUGCCGGAGCCAAACAAAUGUGAAGGCGGGGCUCCUCCUCCUCCAGUCAGAGGCAAAAACUGCAAAUUUACCUGUGAAGCUGGCCAAUUCCUGAACAUGACUGACCAAAUGUGUAGUCCCUGCCCCCCAGGUACUUACUCCCUAGGGGGUGGGGCACGAUUUGAUGAGUGGGACAAGAUACCCCAGGGCUUUACUGCAGAUGUAGACAGCUUCCUGGACUCGCUUGUCCCUGGGGCAGACCAUGCCAACUGUACUGAUACAGAGUGGAAGCCUAAAGGAGAUUUCAUCGCCUCAUACCCAGGUCCCUGCUCCUCCAGUCUGGUGUAUUCGGUGACCUUGGUUCAGCCGGGAUCUGUGACCUUUGAAUACCAGUACACAGAUUCAGCCUCCAUGUUCCAAUUCAAGGUACAGAAUGACCAGUGUAAAUCUGUUGAUGACAAAGAGGCAAAUCAUUGGCCGGGGGCCACAAAAGACGGUGAAUUUAAACAAGUGAAUCUUGUUCUGAAAACUGGAUUGAAUGUGAUUAUCUGGAGGACUAUGGGACUGAACAUUGGAGAUGUGAAAGCUAAAUAUAAACCAGUUAUGAUUCGCAAGAUUGAAGUGACAGGUGUGGCCUACACAUCUGAAUGUACCAAAUGCCGUGCUGGGACACAUAGCCCUAAAGAAGGUGCUCAGUUUUGUUCUCCUUGUGAUAUCAACACUUUUUCCGACCGUGGCGCAGCUACAUGUUCAACCUGUGAUGCAGCUACACAGUAUUCUCGGAAAGGAGCAACUAGAUGUCAGGAUAGACCUGUCUGUUCAGAGAGAGAUUACUACGAGACCCAGGCACCCUGUAAUGCUGAAAAGAAGACAUACACAGAAUACAAAUGGAUCCUGCCGCAGCUGUGUCGUGGGAAUGUUGAAGGAGCUGUCAGCCUACCCGCUGAGGGACCUCCAAGGGACUGCCCACCUUGUAACCCAGGACAUGAGUAUGUAAAUGGUGUCUGUCAUGAAUGUCUGGAAAACAAGUACUCUGAUGGAUCCAGUCUGUGUAAACUGUGCCCAGCCUCGACUUCGCCCACCUACGGCAUUGAGUACAAAUGGUGGAAUGAGAUGCCUAUCAACAUGACAUCUGAAUGUAUCACAUUUACAGAGACAGACUGUGAGUCUGAGUCACAGUGGAUGGUAGCUGGCGACCAUAUCCACACCCAUUACGGUCGCGGUGAUGAUGCUUACCUUAUUUUGCUUCUGAAAAUUGGAGGAUUCCGUACCAAUGGGGCCGGUAUAAACGGAGAAAUUGCUAGAAUGGAGUUUGUGUUUGAAACCAACUGUACUGGAAAAUGUGAAUUCAUCUUCUUGUCGGAUGAUACAGGUCACAGCACUAUUAUCAAUACCUGGGAAGGCAAACAAAAGAAAACCAGUUACAGAUAUGCUAUACACUCUGCCGACCCUAUCACAUUCACCUGGGCGUUUGAACACUCGGAUUGGACUAUUGAGGAUACAUCAGAAUCAAGGGAGAAAUUUGUUAAUGAUGUGGCGAAAAUCUAUAGCAUUAAAGUGACCAACACACUUCAGGGUGGUGCCUCCGGUUGUCAGACCUGUCCCAAAGGUGUUGAUCAGAACGGACAUAGUGGCUGUGUGCCAUGCCCAGACGGACAUUACAUUGAUGCCAAUGAUACAUCAUGCAAACCCUGCCCUCCUAACACUGUCAUUCCCAACGGUCACUCUUGGGGUGUGAAGUCAUGUGUGAAGUGUGGAGAGGGCCUACGUGCUGUCCAGGGAAAGCGAUGCGAGACUGACUGUACUUACCAGGGCCAUGAUGGACGGGAGUAUGACUUCUCCACACUCAAAGACCCCAAGAUAAUCCAUGGAAGUCCCCUAUUUACUGGCACAGGCACACAAUACUUUCAUGGUUUCAACAUCAGUCUGUGUGGAGUGAAGGAUACUUUGGCUGUCUGUCGCAAUAAUGUCAGCUCUUCUGACAGUAAAAGGUUGAAAAUUCACGAGACUUCAGCAAUGGUGUGUAGAACUACAUUGGUUCCUGAUCGUGACAGUGGCUCCAUUGUAGCUACUCAGCCUGUCAGCAUUGGAGACACCCUGUACAAGAUUGUCAGUAAUGUAUCUCUCUCUGAUAUGUACACUAGUGAGGGAUACAUGUAUACAGGAUCAGAGAACGACAUCCAUUUUUACUUCAGAUCUGCGAAAUCAACUGCUGCAUGUUUGUCUGGUCGAAGUACAAUUAUCUCCCUUCGAUGUGAUCCGUCGGAGUCAGGGGCUGGAACAUUAGAGGUGCCACCAAAGUGUGCGGAUGGAACAUGUGAUGGCUGUAAUUUCCACUUCCUGUGGAGAACACAGUCUGCAUGUGCUGUGUGUCGAAAAGAAGACUCCGAGAAAAUCAUCGGAGAAUGUCAGGAUGGGCAGCAACUCAUACAUUUCACUCCACCACCAAACUGUGUUAAGAAAUCAAAAUUUGAGCCAGAAAAGAAGGCAUGCACAGUUAAGCUUUCUUCACUACCAUUUGGACUCCAGGUUGCCAUACCGAUUGCAGCUGCUGUGAGCCUACUUCUGGUUCUCAUCGUCUUCUACUGCUGGCACAAAAACAGAAGUCUGGAGGUGAAAUACAUGAAGCUUGCCGAGAAUUCUGAUCGUAACUAUGAUGGUGAACUGCCUGGCGUUGACUCGUGCGCUUUAGAGGAUGGUGAAGAUGACCAGUAUGACUCGGUGACUUUCAAGGAAAGCCGUGGUGCCCGUUUCUUCAAGAAACUGCGUGGCAAGAGAGGAAAGAGCAGUGAUGACUUCUUUUCUGAUGAUGAAAAUCCGUUUGAGCCAUCUAAUGGAGAAAAAAUCCCGCUUACAUAA